GAUUUAGAAGCGAAAGUAAAAACGUCAAUGCGAUCGGAAUACCAGGAAGGAAGACGAAGGGGGAGCAAUACGCUCAACAAGUAAAGCUUUUAAUAUAGCCUAGGUUAUGAAACAUAGUCAUUGCCAGUUUGUCUACGAAGUUAGGUUGUUAAUGAACCUAUAACAUGUAGGCUAACACAUCUUAUCGGGAAAUGGGUGUCUGUUAGUAAGUAGCCUAGGCUAUUUCCAAUGGCGAACGAGACGAACUAAAGUAGCCUGCUGUUUGCAUACGAGGAAACCAUUUAGCGCACAGGUGCACAGGCUCAGCCUCCAUUUUAGGCUGAAUAGGCCCACAGCUUGUCAUGAUCAGAUUCAUCUGGGUGCUCUGAGGAGUGGCUGAAACAUGGAAAAACAAGUCAACACAAAACAGGAAGACGGACUAAAGAGGCAAGGCUCAUUCCAUCAUGAGAGGCAUCCAUCACCUGCGCCCACUUGUGUGUCCAUGAAGAGUGACGAGUCAGAGGAUCGUUACAUAAACUUCAAACAUGAUGAGGGCACAGAUCGAUCAAGCUCAUUCCAUCAUGAGAGGCCUCCAUCACCUGCGCCCACUUGUGUGUCCAUGAAGAGUGACGAGUCAGAGGAUCGUUACAUAAACUUCAAACAUGAUGAGGGCACAGAUCGAUCAAGCUCAUUCCAUCAUGAGAGGCCUCCAUCACCUGCGCCCACUUGUGUGUCCAUGAAGAGUGACGAGUCAGAGGAUCGUUACAUAAACUUCAAACAUGAUGAGGGCACAGAUCGAUCAAGCUCAUUCCAUCAUGAGAGGCCUCCAUCACCUGCGCCCACUUGUGUGUCCAUGAAGAGUGACGAGUCAGAGGAUCGUUACAUAAACUUCAAACAUGAUGAGGGCACAGAUCGAUCAAGCUCAUUCCAUCAUGAGAGGCCUCCAUCACCUGCGCCCACUUGUGUGUCCAUGAAGAGUGACGAGUCAGAGGAUCGUUACAUAAACUUCAAACAUGAUGAGGGCACAGAUCGAUCAAGCUCAUUCCAUCAUGAGAGGCCUCCAUCACCUGCGCCCACUUGUGUGUCCAUGAAGAGUGACGAGUCAGAGGAUCGUUACAUAAACUUCAAACAUGAUGAGGGCACAGAUCGAUCAAGCUCAUUCCAUCAUGAGAGGCCUCCAUCACCUGCGCCCACUUGUGUGUCCAUGAAGAGUGACGAGUCAGAGGAUCGUUACAUAAACUUCAAACAUGAUGAGGGCACAGAUCGAUCAAGCUCAUUCCAUCAUGAGAGGCCUCCAUCACCUGCGCCCACUUGUGUGUCCAUGAAGAGUGACGAGUCAGAGGAUCGUUACAUAAACUUCAAACAUGAUGAGGGCACAGAUCGAUCAAGCUCAUUCCAUCAUGAGAGGCAUCCAUCACCUGCGCCCACUUGUGUGUCCAUGAAGAGUGACGAGUCAGAGGAUCGUUACAUAAACUUCAAACAUGAUGAGGGCACAGAUCGAUCAAGCUCAUUCCAUCAUGAGAGGCAUCCAUCACCUGCGCCCACUUGUGUGUCCAUGAAGAGUGACGAGUCAGAGGAUCGUUACAUAAACUUCAAACAUGAUGAGGGCACAGAUCGAUCAAGUGGCCAAAUGGAAGAAUGCAAAUCAGAUGCUGUCAGUGACCAGGGAGACCUCAAGCACAUAUUCCAGGUGCUUGAGGAGAAGAUAAUGGACUUUGUGAAGAAUGAGCUGAAGAGAUUCAAGAAGAUUCUGAGUCCAGAUUACCAAGAAAACAUUGAGGGUAAAGAGCAGGAUGAGAGUGAUGCCAGAGAAGGGGCUCUCAAGAUGACAAUGUACUUCCUGAGGAACAUGAAACAGAAUAAUAUUGCUGACAAACUGCAAGAAGUUGAACUUCCUGUAGUGUGGCAGACUGAGCUGAAGAGAAAUCUCAAGAACAAGUACCAGAGUGUGUUUGACGGAAUACCCAAGCAAGGGAGCUCUGCUCUGCUGGAAAAGAUCUACACAGAGGUCUACAUCACAGAGGGAGGAAGUGGAAAAGUAAAUGAGGAGCAUGAAGUCAGGCAGAUUGAGUCCAUAUCCAAGAGAUCAGCUGGACAGGAGACAUCAAUCAAAUGCAGAGACAUCUUCAAGCCCUUACCUGGCCAAGACAAACCAAUCAGAAGUGUCAUCACAAAGGGAGUAGCUGGAAUUGGCAAAACUGUCUCGGUUCAAAAGUACAUCCUGGACUGGGCUGAGGGGAAAGAAAACCAGGAUAUCCUCUUCAUAUUUCCACUGCCUUUUCGGGAGCUCAACAGAAUGAAAGACAAACAACUCUCUUUGAUGGAUCUUCUUCACAACUUUUUCUCAGAUAUUAAGCUGUUAUCUUUUCCUAGCCAGGGGAAGUACAAAGUGUUGUUCAUCUUUGAUGGUCUGGAUGAGUGUCGACUCCAACUAGACUUUCAGAAAAAUGAAAUUUUGACUAAAGUGACAGAGGUCACUUCAUUGGAUGUGCUGCUGACAAAUCUCAUCAAGGGGAAUCUGCUUCGCUCUGCUCUCAUUUGGAUCACCUGUCGACCAGCAGCAGCCAAUCAAAUCCCUCCUGACUGUGUUGACCGGGUCACAGAAGUACAAGGGUUCAGUGACCCUCAGAAAGAGGAGUACUUCAGGAAGAGGAUCAGUGAUAAGAAUCUUGCCAGCAAAGUUAUCACUCACAUAGAGACAUCAAGAAGCCUCCACAUUAUGUGCCACAUACCAGUGUUUUGCUGGAUUGCUGCUAAUGUUAUUGAAUUCCUUCUCAAGACUGAAGGAGGUAAGCAGGUUCCAAAGACUUUGACAGAGAUGUACACUUAUUUCCUUGUUUUUCAAACCAAGCAGAGGAGUCUGAAGUUUGAAGGAGUUUAUGACACAGAUCCACAGUGGAACCAGGCUAGUCUCCUUGCUCUUGGAAAGUUGGCCUACGAACAGCUGAAGAAGGGCAACCUGAUCUUUUAUGAAGACGACCUGAGAGAGAGUGGUAUUGAUGUCAGAGAGGCAGCAGUACACUGUGGCAUCUGCACACAGAUCUUUCAGGAAGAGUCAGGCCUUCAUCAGGAAAAGUUGUACUGCUUUGUGCAUCUGAGCAUCCAGGAGUACCUUGCAGCUUUGUACGUGAUCCUGAUGUUAAUAACUGAGGGGAAAGAUCUCAUGUCCCCACAGCAACCCCCCAGAAAAGUGUUUCAGCUUCUGAAAUGGCAAACAACGGGCAAACCCAUGACCACCUUACAAAAGAGUGCUGUGGACAAAGCAUUGGAACAUGAAGAUGGACGCUUUGAUCUUUUCCUCCGUUUUCUUCUUGGCCUCUCUCUGGAAUCCAACCAGAGACUCUUGAGUGGCCUGAUAAAGAAAGUACAACAUGAAAGCAAAGAGGAAAUAGUCAGCUACAUUAAGACAAAGAUCAUGGAGAUGCCAUCAUCAGAAAGAGUUAUCAACCUCUUCCACUGUCUGAAUGAAGUCAAUGAUCACUCCUUAGUGGGGGAGGUCCAGAGCUUCCUGAGUGCAGGGACACUUUCUGCAGCCAAACUCUCAUCUACCCAGUGGUCAGCUCUCGUGUUUGUGCUUCUGACAUCAGAAGAAAAGCUGGAUGUGUUUGACUUGAAGAAGUACAUCAGGUCUGAUGAAUGUCUCUUAAGGCUGCAGCCAGUAGUGGAGGAAUCCCAAAAGGCUCUGCUCAACAGUUGUGGGCUCACUGAGAGGAGCUGUGCAGGUCUGGCAUCUGUCCUCACCAAAGCAUCUUCAAAGCUGAAAAAUCUGGACCUCAGUGCCAACAGUAUUGGAGAUAUUGGGGUCCAAGAAUUGUGUAGUGGACUGGGUGACCCACACUGUACACUGGAGACACUCAGUCUGUCAUACUGCAGUAUUGGAGAUGAAGGCUUCAGAGCUCUUGCAUCAGCACUGAGAUCAAACCCCUCACACAUGAGAGAGCUGCAGCUGAGUGAGAAUAAAGCAGGAGACUCAGGAGUGAAGCAUCUUUCUUCUCUUCUGGAGGAUCCCAACUGUAAACUGGAGAAACUACAUCUGUCACACUGCAGUAUUGGAGAUGAAGGCUUAAGAGCUCUUGCAUCAGCACUGAGAUCAAACCCCUCACACAUGAGAGAGCUGCAGCUGAGUGGGAAUAAAGCAGGAGACUCAGGAGUGAAGCAUCUUUCUUCUCUUCUGGAGGAUCCCAACUUCAAACUGGAGAAACUAAAUCUGUCAUACUGCAGUCUUGGAGAUGAAGGCUUCAGAGCUCUUGCAUCAGCACUGAGAUCAAACCCCUCACACAUGAGAGAGCUGCAGCUGAGUGGGAGUAAAGCAGGAGACUCAGGAGUGAAGCAUCUUUCUUCUCUUCUGGAGGAUCCCAACUGUAAACUGGAGAAACUGCAUCUGUCACACUGCAGUAUUGGAGAUGAAGGCUUCAGAGCUCUUGCAUCAGCACUGAGAUCAAACCCCUCACACAUGAGAGAGCUGCAGCUGAGUGGGAAUAAAGCAGGAGACUCAGGAGUGAAGCAUCUUUCUUCUCUUCUGGAGGAUCCCAACUGUAAACUGGAGAAACUGCACCUGGAUAACUGCAGUAUUGGAGAUGAAGGCUUCAGAGCUCUUGCAUCAGCACUGAGAUCAAACCCCUCACACAUGAGAGAGCUGCAGCUGAGUGGGAGUAAAGCAGGAGACUCAGGAGUGAAGCAUCUUUCUUCUCUUCUGGAGGAUCCCAACUGUAAACUGGAGAAACUACACCUGGAUAACUGCAGUAUUGGAGAUGAAGGCUUCAGAGCUCUUGCAUCAGCACUGAGAUCAAACCCCUCACACAUGAGAGAGCUGCAGCUGAGUGAGAAUAAAGCAGGAGACUCAGGAGUGAAGCAUCUUUCUUCUCUUCUGGAGGAUCCCAACUGUAAACUGGAGAAACUAGAUCUGUCAUACUGCAGUAUUGGAGAUGAAGGCUUCAGAGCUCUUGCAUCAGCACUGAGAUCAAACCCCUCACACAUGAGAGAGCUGCAGCUGAGUUGGAGUAAAGCAGGAGACUCAGGAGUGAAGCAUCUUUCUUCUCUUCUGGAGGAUCCCAACUGUAAACUGGAGAAACUAAACCUGGAUAACUGCAGUAUUGGAGAUGAAGGCUUCAGAGCUCUUGCAUCAGCACUGAGAUCAAACCCCUCACACAUGAGAGAGCUGCAGCUGAGUGGGAAUAAAGCAGGAGACUCAGGAGUGAAGCAUCUUUCUUCUCUUCUGGAGGAUCCCAACUUCAAACUGGAGAAACUAAAUCUGUCAGGCUGCAGUAUUGGAGAUGAAGGCUUCAGAGCUCUUGCAUCAGCACUGAGAUCAAACCCCUCACACAUGAGAGAGCUGCAGCUGAGUGGGAAUAAAGCAGGAGACUCAGGAGUGAAGCAUCUUUCUUCUCUUCUGGAGGAUCCCAACUGUAAACUGGAGAAACUAAACCUGGAUAACUGCAGUAUUGGAGAUGAAGGCUUCAGAGCUCUUGCAUCAGCACUGAGAUCAAACCCCUCACACAUGAGAGAGCUGCAGCUGAGAUGGAAUAAAGCAGGAGACUCAGGAGUGAAGCAUCUUUCUUCUCUUCUGGAGGAUCCCAACUUCAAACUGGAGACACUAAACCUGUCAGGCUGCAGUAUUGGAGAUGAAGGCUUCAGAGCUCUUGCAUCAGCACUGAGAUCAAACCCCUCACACAUGAGAGAGCUGCAGCUGAGUUGGAAUAAAGCAGGAGACUCAGGAGUGAAGCAUCUUUCUACUCUUCUGGAGGAUCCCAACUUCAAACUGGAGAAACUAAAUCUGUCACACUGCAGUAUUGGAGAUGAAGGCUUCAGAGCUCUUGCAUCAGCACUGAGAUCAAACCCCUCACACAUGAGAGAGCUGCAGCUGAGUUGGAAUAAAGCAGGAGACUCAGGAGUGAAGCAUCUUUCUUCUCUUCUGGAGGAUCCCAACUUCAAACUGGAGAAACUAGAUCUGUCACACUGCAGUAUUGGAGAUGAAGGCUUCAGAGCUCUUGCAUCAGCACUGAGAUCAAACCCCUCACACAUGAGAGAGCUGCAGCUGAGUGGGAAUAAAGCAGGAGACUCAGGAGUGAAGCAUCUUUCUUCUCUUCUGGAGGAUCCCAACUGUAAACUGGAGAAACUGCACCUGUCACACUGCAGUAUUGGAGAUGAAGGCUUCAGAGCUCUUGCAUCAGCACUGAGAUCAAACCCCUCACACAUGAGAGUGCUGCAGCUGAGUGAGAAUAAAGCAGGAGACUCAGGAGUGAAGCAUCUUUCUUCUCUUCUGGAGGAUCCCAACUGUAACCUGGAGAAACUAAAUCUGUCAUACUGCAGUAUUGGAGAUGAAGGCUUCAGAGCUCUUGCAUCAGCACUGAGAUCAAACCCCUCACACAUGAGAGAGCUGCAGCUGAGUGGGAAUAAAGCAGGAGACUCAGGAGUGAAGCAUCUUUCUUCUCUUCUGGAGGAUCCCAACUGUAAACUGGAGAAACUGCAUCUGUCACACUGCAGUAUUGGAGAUGAAGGCUUCAGAGCUCUUGCAUCAGCACUGAGAUCAAACCCCUCACACAUGAGAGAGCUGCAGCUGAGUGGGAAUAAAGCAGGAGACUCAGGAGUGAAGCAUCUUUCUUCUCUUCUGGAGGAUCCCAACUGUAAACUGGAGAAACUACAUCUGUCAGACUGCAGUAUUGGAGAUGAAGGCUUCAGAGCUCUUGCAUCAGCACUGAGAUCAAACCCCUCACACAUGAGAGAGCUGCAGCUGAGUGGGAAUAAAGCAGGAGACUCAGGAGUGAAGCAUCUUUCUUCUCUUCUGGAGGAUCCCAACUGUAAACUGGAGAAACUAAAUCUGUCAUACUGCAGUAUUGGAGAUGAAGGCUUAAGAGCUCUUGCAUCAGCACUGAGAUCAAACCCCUCACACAUGAGAGAGCUGCAGCUGAGUUGGAGUAAAGCAGGAGACUCAGGAGUGAAGCAUCUUUCUUCUCUUCUGGAGGAUCCCAACUGUAAACUGGAGAAACUACAUCUGUCACACUGCAGUAUUGGAGAUGAAGGCUUCAGAGCUCUUGCAUCAGCACUGAGAUCAAACCCCUCACACAUGAGAGAGCUGCAGCUGAGUGGGAAUAAAGCAGGAGACUCAGGAGUGAAGCAUCUUUCUUCUCUUCUGGAGGAUCCCAACUGUAACCUGGAGAAACUAAAUCUGUCAUACUGCAGUAUUGGAGAUGAAGGCUUCAGAACUCUUGCAUCAGCACUGAGAUCAAACCCCUCACACAUGAGAGAGCUGCAGCUGAGUUGGAGUAAAGCAGGAGACUCAGGAGUGAAGCAUCUUUCUUCUCUUCUGGAGGAUCCCAACUGUAAACUAGAGAAACUGCAUCUGUCACACUGCAGUAUUGGAGAUGAAGGCUUCAGAGCUCUUGCAUCAGCACUGAGAUCAAACCCCUCACACAUGAGAGAGCUGCAGCUGAGUGGGAGUAAAGCAGGAGACUCAGGAGUGAAGCAUCUUUCUUCUCUUCUGGAGGAUCCCAACUGUAAACUGGAGAAACUACAUCUGUCAGACUGCAGUAUUGGAGAUGAAGGCUUCAGAGCUCUUGCAUCAGCACUGAGAUCAAACCCCUCACACAUGAGAGAGCUGCAGCUGAGUUGGAAUAAAGCAGGAGACUCAGGAGUGAAGCAUCUUUCUUCUCUUCUGGAGGAUCCCAACUGUAAACUGGAGACACUAGACCUGGAUAACUGCAGUAUUGGAGAUGAAGGCUUCAGAGCUCUUGCAUCAGCACUGAGAUCAAACCCCUCACACAUGAGAGUGCUGCAGCUGAGUGAGAAUAAAGCAGGAGACUCAGGAGUGAAGCAUCUUUCUUCUCUUCUGGAGGAUCCCAACUGUAAACUGGAGAAACUGCAUCUGUCAUACUGCAGUAUUGGAGAUGAAGGCUUCAGAGCUCUUGCAUCAGCACUGAGAUCAAACCCCUCACACAUGAGAGAGCUGCAGCUGAGUGGGAAUAAAGCAGGAGACUCAGGAGUGAAGCAUCUUUCUUCUCUUCUGGAGGAUCCCAACUGUAAACUGGAGAAACUACAUCUGUCACACUGCAGUAUUGGAGAUGAAGGCUUAAGAGCUCUUGCAUCAGCACUGAGAUCAAACCCCUCACACAUGAGAGAGAUGCAGCUGAGUGGGAAUAAAGCAGGAGACUCAGGAGUGAAGCAUCUUUCUUCUCUUCUGGAGGAUCCCAACUUCAAACUGGAGAAACUAAAUCUGUCAUACUGCAGUAUUGGAGAUGAAGGCUUCAGAGCUCUUGCAUCAGCACUGAGAUCAAACCCCUCACACAUGAGAGAGCUGCAGCUGAGUUGGAAUAAAGCAGGAGACUCAGGAGUGAAGCAUCUUUCUUCUCUUCUGGAGGAUCCCAACUGUAAACUGGAGAAACUACAUCUGUCAUACUGCAGUAUUGGAAAUGAAGGCUUCAGAGCUCUUGCAUCAGCACUGAGAUCAAACCCCUCACACAUGAGAGAGCUGCAGCUGAGAUGGAAUAAAGCAGGAGACUCAGGAGUGAAGCAUCUUUCUUCUCUUCUGGAGGAUCCCAACUGUAAACUGGAGAAACUGCACCUGGAUAACUGCAGUAUUGGAGAUGAAGGCUUCAGAGCUCUUGCAUCAGCACUGAGAUCAAACCCCUCACACAUGAGAGAGCUGCAGCUGAGUGAGAGUAAAGCAGGAGACUCAGGAGUGAAGCAUCUUUCUUCUCUUCUGGAGGAUCCCAACUGUAAACUGGAGAAACUGCAUCUGUCACACUGCAGUAUUGGAGAUGAAGGCUUCAGAGCUCUUGCAUCAGCACUGAGAUCAAACCCCUCACACAUGAGAGAGCUGCAGCUGAGUGGGAAUAAAGCAGGAGACUCAGGAGUGAAGCAUCUUUCUUCUCUUCUGGAGGAUCCCAACUUCAAACUGGAGAAACUAAAUCUGUCACACUGCAGUAUUGGAGAUGAAGGCUUCAGAGCUCUUGCAUCAGCACUGAGAUCAAACCCCUCACACAUGAGAGAGCUGCAGCUGAGUGAGAAUAAAGCAGGAGACUCAGGAGUGAAGCAUCUUUCUUCUCUUCUGGAGGAUCCCAACUGUAAACUGGAGAAACUGCAUCUGUCACACUGCAGUAUUGGAGAUGAAGGCUUCAGAGCUCUUGCAUCAGCACUGAGAUCAAACCCCUCACACAUGAGAGAGCUGCAGCUGAGUUGGAAUAAAGCAGGAGACUCAGGAGUGAAGCAUCUUUCUUCUCUUCUGGAGGAUCCCAACUGUAAACUGGAGAAACUACAUCUGUCACACUGCAGUAUUGGAGAAGAAGGCUUCAGAGCUCUUGCAUCAGCACUGAGAUCAAACCCCUCACACAUGAGAGAGCUGCAGCUGAGUGAGAAUAAAGCAGGAGACUCAGGAGUGAAGCAUCUUUCUUCUCUUCUGGAGGAUCCCAACUGUAAACUGGAGAAACUGCAUCUGUCAUACUGCAGUAUUGGAGAUGAAGGCUUAAGAGCUCUUGCAUCAGCACUGAGAUCAAACCCCUCACACAUGAGAGAGCUGCAGCUGAGUUGGAAUAAAGCAGGAGACUCAGGAGUGAAGCAUCUUUCUUCUCUUCUGGAGGAUCCCAACUGUAAACUGGAGAAACUAAAUCUGUCAUACUGCAGUAUUGGAGAUGAAGGCUUCAGAGCUCUUGCAUCAGCACUGAGAUCAAACCCCUCACACAUGAGAGAGCUGCAGCUGAGAUGGAAUAAAGCAGGAGACUCAGGAGUGAAGCAUCUUUCUUCUCUUCUGGAGGAUCCCAACUGUAAACUGGAGAAACUGCAUCUGUCAUACUGCAGUAUUGGAGAUGAAGGCUUCAGAGCUCUUGCAUCAGCACUGAGAUCAAACCCCUCACACAUGAGAGAGCUGCAGCUGAGUGAGAAUAAAGCAGGAGACUCAGGAGUGAAGCAUCUUUCUUCUCUUCUGGAGGAUCCCAACUGUAAACUGGAGAAACUAGACCUGCAGAGCUGCAGUAUAACUUAUGAAGGUUUCAGAGCUUUAGCAUCAGCACUGAGAUCAAACUCAUCAGCCCUCAGAGAGCUCUAUCUGGGGGGGAAUCAGUCCUCAGCACAGCAGCUGCUCUCUGAACUGAAGAAACAUCCAAACUGUAAACAUCUACAAAUAUAUGACUAAUGAAUUCAUCCUGUUGUGUUCCACCUGAAACAUGUUUUCACACUGUGCAGAGAUAAAUGUUUCAGCACAUUCAUAUUUGAAGUAAUAUGUUUUAAAGUGACUUAUGUAAAUACAAUUGUAAGAAAUAUUGUGUAAUGGAUGUUUUCAAUAUAAAACAUGGUGAUUCUUUAA